GCAGAGUUCUUCCUACUUUAUUUUAUAACACCCUUUUUAGUUGAUGUUUCAGAACAAAAGAACAAAAAGCUGCCGGCGGUUGCAUUGUUCUCGUUCUCGGUACUGCUGUCGAUUCGUAACGUCUGUCCGUGUGUUGUGUUUAGCAAAUUGAUAUUUAGUAUUUGAGAAGAUUUCAGAAAACGACAUGUGUUUUUGAGUCCGUUUGUUUCCUUCUUAAAUUACCUAUUAUCGGCCGUAGACUUCAUACCGGAAAGCAAUCCGUUGAUACAACAAAAACUUGCUCAUUAAACUUAAACCAGAAAGAUGGAUGCCUUAAGCGGUUGCCCUUCGGAAAAUCCCUGUUGCAACAAGUCUCUCUGUACGGAAUAUGACUACGAUAUUCUAGACAAUUUGAAGGAAAACGAAAUCUAUCGAUGGAAAGUGAAUCUCGGACCGUCCCUCCAUGAAAGCCGCAAUGCAAUGGUCGAAAUGAUUCGUAACCUUGCCGAGGAACAUGCCUACCGGCGAACAACUGUUCAUUUGGCAAUCUAUAUGUUUGAUGUGUUUAUGAGCCACCAUGCUGCAGUAGCAGAAAGAUUGAACCUUGUUGCCCUAACAUGUUUUUAUGUCGCAUGUAAAAUAGAGGAAAACGAACCCUGCAUUCCGUCGACCAAAACUUUAUGUAGCUUUGUUGAGGACUCCCUCACGCCCGGAGAUUUCAUCGCGUUCGAAGUGAUUAUAUUGAACUUUUUCAAUUGGUACGUAACCAUUCCAACCGCGGCUACCUUUUUGGACUUUUUCGCUAUGCACAGUCUCCAAAUGGAUGACUUCAUUACGCCGUCCUCAGCGGCGGAAAUGAGUGAAGCUUCGUUUGCUAGAUUUAAGCGUGAAAUUAUCGAAUCGAGUUUGGAGUAUCUGGAUGUUACGCUGGGCCAUCCUAAAAUGAGCAAUGUUAAGCCAUCCAUUCUGGCAGCGGCUUGCGUCGCGGCAGCCCGUUGCCUCACGCCGAAUGUGCGAGCCUGGAACAACCACCUGACCAGUGUAACCGGGUACAACUAUCAGCAGAUUCAUGGCAUCUGUAGCGUGCUGGUGUUCGACUUGAAACCGCUAUCAACAUCACCCGCCUUGAAAGUAUCUACACGUAAACGCUCCGUGACUGAUUCAGGAUAUCGGUCCAAAUCGGAGGAUGACUCGAACACGAGCGAUGACGAUAGCUGCUCAAGUUGCAGCACAUGCAGCAGCGUCGAAUGCGCCAGUGAAGCUUCUUCAAGCUCUUCUAGCAGCGAAUCCGGGGAAACUUGUGCUAAAAGACAAAAAGUAAGUUACGAUUUGAAAUAGGGACUGUUGCCCCCUUCGACAGGAUCGUUGGUAGUCCCACCUUUUUUCUUCUUAUACGUUAUAUUCAUUCUGUAUUCUGUAUUGUUAUUUAAUUGAACACUUAGCCAUAGGGCUCUAUACAUGAAAUAUCGGAAGGUAGUAGAGCGUAACGUCUAUCUAUGCGAACCACAAGUCCGAAUACGAUCGAGGAAAGAUUGUAGCGCAAUUGAAUAGCAGUUAAAUAUUUGGCCCUAGA